AUGGUUCAGGCUCCAACAGUCCCGCCACCUUCCGCCGGUGAAACUACCGGCGACCAUACCGUUGAAAUAAACCAAAAUUCAAGUAAAACCACCGUUAUUAACUCCAUCGACGACAUCGUCGAACACUACAUGUCUGCAGCUGCCGGCGCCCUCUUCUUCCCCUUCCUAGCCUGCCUCGCCUGGAUCUUUGACUCCCAGCAAACCUUCAUCAAUGUCUUCUCUGACAAACCACCGCCGUGGCACUGCACCUCCUCGACAUGCAACUUCACCACACCCUGUGACCUCCCAUCCACAGCCUCCUGGUCCUUCUCACAACCUCGCAAAAUAUCCACCAUUUCUGACUUCUCAAUCGAGUGCUCCUCCCCUGUUCUCCUCGCCCUCCCCGCCUCUUCCUUCUAUGCUGGUUGUCUCGUCGGCGGCCUGUCCCUCGCCACCCUCGCUGACUCCCGCUUCGGCCGCAAAAACACCCUCAUCCUCUCCUCUUUAACGAUGUCUCUGGCUGCCGCCCUCACCGCCUUCUCCCCCAACCUCGCCGUCUAUGCCGCCCUCCGCUUCACCUGCGGCUUCGCCCGUGCCAAUGUCGGCACCUCCGCUUUCGUCCUUUCGUCCGAGCUGGUCUCCCGACGAUACCGCAACCACGUCAGCAUCCUCACCUUCAUCUUCUCCACUACAGGCUUCCUCACCCUUCCGGCCAUCGCUUUCUUAAACAGAGCACACUCAUGGAGACUACUCUAUCUCUACACCUCAAUCCCCUCGCUCUUUUAUAGUAUUCUUCUCCUUUUCUUCAUGAAAGAAUCCCCUCGUUGGCUUCUUUUGAAAGGCAAAAGAAAAGAAGCCAUUGAAACACUAAAAAAGCUUACAUCUUUGAAAGAAAUACAGAGCUUCCCAGACUUGGCAGUGACUUACUCCAAAAAAACAGAGUCAGAAGGUUUGUACUCGGCGGCGAGGAUAUUAUUUGAGAAGCCGUGGGCGUUGCAGCGACUGGCAGCGAUCAUGAUUAUGAGCUUCGGCGUCGGAUUAAUGUACUACGGAAUGCCGCUCAAUCUUGGGAACCUCAACGUAGACCUCUAUAUGAGUGCGGCGCUGAACGCGGCAUCCGAGCUUCCGUCGGCAUUUGUCGUCUUCUUUCUCGCUAAUGUGGUUAGCCGACGGAGAUCUUUGAUAGGGUUUGUGAUUGUGAGCGGUGGGUGUAGCCUUGCCUGUACAGCAAUGGGCGGAUGGCCGGCGAUGGUAUUGGAAAUGGUGGCGUUCUUCGGGGCUUGCGCGGCGUUCUACAUGGAGGUAAUUUAUACUGUGGAACUAUUUCCGACAUGUGUGAGGAACUCGGCGCUGGCAGUGGUGAGGCAGGCGGUGGUUCUCGGUGGGGUGGCUGCGCCGACGAUGGUGGCGGCGGGGAGGAGUAGAAAGUUUCUUUCUUUUGGGGUGUUUGGUAUAGUUAUCAUUUUGUGUGGGGUGUUCAUUGUGUUCUUGCCCGAAACCAGAGGGCGUGCCAUCAGCGAUACAAUGGAAGAGGAGGAGCAUAAGAUGAUGGAGGGAAAAACUAGCAUUAACAGUGGACUUUUCGGUGAUAUUAUAUCAGUCGGUAGUAGUUGUGUAACCGGCGGAUAUUUCGACGAUCACUUACUGACGUUUUUCAGUGGAAAAGCCUCCAGAGACAUCUCUAACAGAAAAUCAGCCUGCAGUAAUGCUGGAAAAGGCCCUAUUUCCCCUCUAGGCAUUGUUCGGGAUUGUCUUGCUAUUCAUUUCAUUUCCCGCUUUGGUCCUGGUCACGUUAAAUUCCGGCAGUUAAACCGGCUGUCUAACCAGUGGUUAAACCAGCUGUCUAACCGCUGUGGAGGUGGUGCAGUUCUUCAUGUUGGCAACUGCUUCACCGCGACCGUCCAAAGUUUGAGUGUUGCGAUAGUAGAUGAAAAGGGCAGAGAGGUCAUCAUCAACCUUGAGGAUGAGCAUGAGUCCAUCCUCCCCUCAGAGUUGAUAAAAUGGUGA